AUGACUUCUGAGAACAACAACAUCAAGGAGGAGAGCUUCAAGACGCAGCUCGACAACGCUGCGGACAACGCUCGCGAGAUGGAGAACCAGAAGCCCAAUCCUGUCGUCGAGAAGAGCAAGUUCUCCAGACAACAUUUCACGGAGUAUGUCCCUGUAGCCGCCAAGGUCUUGCCCGCUCGCCAAAGCCCUCCCAAGGAAGAAGACAAGCCUCCAGGACCUCCCGAGCGACCGCAUCAUGACCACAAGAUUGAAGAUUUCGUGAGGGACCAGCACAGAAGUCAAGGCAUUGAGGGUGUUUUGGGACAGGCUUCCAAUGACGAGUAA